AUGCUAAAAAGCUGUGGGACCGUUGAUAAAGUAGACCAGGAAGAAUGUGAAGAGGAGGGAAGUGGCAUCGUGAAAAAUGUUGAGAAUAAAGCAGAAGAACCGUUUAUCGGUAAUAGUCCUAUAAGUACCCAUAACUCAGUGAGCUACAAUCCUCCAAAAAACGGUUUGAUCGCUUCUGCAUUAGAAAUACCUAACUCUGUGUGCCUGUCAUUUGAACAUGUAGAUCCUCUGCUCCAGAGCAAUUCCCCUCCAUGUUCGAUCAAAAAGACAAUUCCUCAAGAUGAGAAACAUGCAGGGUUAUUCACAAAUAUCAAAAAUGACUUAUCCACUGAUCAUGGAUUAGAAUUUAAUAAAAGUGAAAACCAGGAGCAAAGUGACAAACUGACGGAUUUACCAAAUGGUUCCAAGCAAUACAAUGAAGUCCUUAUUGAUGGAUUUGCUAUUUUAUCUUUUAAAACAAUGGAUGAUAUGCUGGAAUUCACUAAACUAGACGAAUCACAAAAUCCUGGAAUGAACCCCACUAUUGAACAAACCUAUAAACGAGCUCGUCGAUGUGGUAUGCCAAAACUUAAACGAACAAAAGCAUUUCUCAAGCAGACACUCUCACAGACAUCUACAUCAAAUGAUUUACUUCGUCAUCGCCGACAUCAUCACCAUCAUCAUAAUCAUAGUCACUACCACUUUAAUAAUAUUCAUCAACAUCCAGCAUUGUGUGCUUAUAAAUCGCAUUGUGAUACCAAUCAUAUGUCGUCUACCAUACAUUUAUCACCGAAUCACGAAAAAGAUACCAAGUCAAUAGUAAAUACUGCUAUUACUGAUGGUAUUAAUAAACUUUCUUCCAUACAACCUAAUAAUAAUAGUAAUGGUAAUAGUAAUAAGCAUUAUCAUCAUCGUUCAUAUGAAGUAAACAAUAGUACUAGUCUUCAUGAAGAAACUAAUCAUAAUGAUGUUCACUAUCGAGAUGAUGAAACUCCCACUCCUCCUCUUCAUCAUCAUAAUCCUUAUUGUUUUACACUUAAUCUAUCAACUCAUACAAUUGCAACAUCAAAUUCUCCUAUUGAUAACACAUUGAUAUCUUCAAAUCGGUCUCAUCAUCAUAGUCAUAAUCAUUCCUCAUUGACUACAAUGCCUAAAAAAGAACAUAGGUAUUCACAAGAAAGUAUUCAAUCCCCACCGGAAUAUACUUCAAUGAUAAGUCCAAAAAAUCAUUCUAUUGGAAAUAAUAUUACAUCUUCAUCAUCACCACCACCACAAGAUUAUCGUUCAAUGUCGGUGCCAGGGAUAUGGAGUUCGCGAACCAAGCCGGAUAUUAUUUCACCGCAAAAAACUGACAAGAUAACAUAUGGUAACAGUUGUGAUACUGAUAGUGUUAAAAUAAUGCCAAAGAUUUCUGUUCCAUCUGAAAAUCUUAAACGAUCCGACUCAAUCAAUAGUAGUAAAUCUCAUUGUCAUCAAUUUAGUGUAGCCGCUCUAACUGAUGAAGUUAUGCAUUCCUCUGCUCAAUCAGAAGAAUCCAAGUCACAACCUACUAUUAUAUCCAAAUCUCCAAAACAUCCAAGUGGUAAAAAGCGAACUUACAGAAAAUCAGAGCAACGUGAUAUCGUAAAUACCGUAUCCGAUAAAUAUUCACAUCGUCGUAAUGAAUAUGAUAAAUCUUUUGCGUAUUCCAAAUUUGACAAUUCUACACGUGUAAACCGGUGCACAGGUGUAGAUAACAAUGGUAGCAAUAAAUCUUGGAAUUCAGCAAUUAACGAUUCGUUAAAAGGAGCGUUAUACUUUCCUACAACUGUUGGUACGAAUCAUAAUUGUGAACGAAUACAUGAAACGGUUUCAAAAUAUUCUCCAAUGACCAAUCAUAAUUUUAAUUCGACACCAUUUUCUUUACGUAAUCCAGCUGAUUCUCUUCCUGCUCAUUCAUAUCUACCACCAAGAGGAUUACAAGAACCUACAAGUUGUGGUUCACAGAUCAGACCUCUGUCAUCAUCAUCUGCACACUUAGUACCACCUUUAGUCCCAUCAUCAAUAUGCUCGAACUCAUUUCUUUCACAUCAAAAUUUAUUAAAACAGUUUAUGGGUAUUGAUUCAGAAACUGCUAAUCAAUUACUCAAUGAUCCACGUUUUAUGGAAUUGUAUGCGCUUACUAUGGCUACUCUAAGUAAUAAUGUUGAUGGUGUUCCUGACUCCAUAUUACCACCACCAGUGUCACGAAUUUCUUUGCCUAAUCAUGCCAAUACCAUAAUAUCAACAUCGGUUAACAGUGGUAAUCAAAAUAAUAAUUCUUGUAGUCGAUUUAAAAAUGGAAAUACUGUAGGACAUUUACGAACAACUGAUCCUUCACAAUUCGGAGAAACAUCGUUAUCUCAUUGUGGACAACAAGUCAAUUUAUCCAGCAUUCAAAACAAAUUAUAUCCCUAUAGCAACAUGAUGAUGCUUGGUGCUAAUCGUCCCCCACUAGCCCCUAUUACUGUUCCACAAUCUUCACAGACCACAUCUAGUUCGUCUAUAAACCGUCUUAUUCCACCAAAUGCAGAAUCAUUAUCAAUUAGUCAACUACAAACUGAUCGAUCUCAGGCUGUAUUAGCCGCAGCUUACGCUGAUCGUGAAUUCGUAACAUCAAAUUCAACACUGGGUAAACUGAAAUUAUCUUCUCAAGGUAUAAUGAUCAGUAGUGGUAGUGAUCGCAAUAAUAAUUCGACUGUACCAAGUUCAUUAGUCAGUUCAUUACAAUCUACAACAAAUAUCAAUUGUCUGUCUGACAGUUAUAAUAGAAAUGCCCAACAUUUCAAUAUGCCACCUAAUCCAAUCAUACAACGUCAUCAUCAUUUAAGUUCUAUGCCUCAGUCAUCUAUCGGUACAUUAGAAUCAUCAACUACCCUGCAUAAUUCCAAGUCAAAUUCCAUAAGUUCCAAUCUUUCUUGUUCCUUAUCAUCAGAUUCAAUGAUGAAUAAAAAUUUCGGUUCUUUCCCUUUCAAACUCUUUAAUGGCGAUCUACACAAUCCUGUCUCGUCGUCUUCGUCCUCAUCGUUGUCUACACACAAUGAUCGUAAUAUCAUGAUGGGAUUGCAUAAACCAGAAUAUAUGCCAUCAGAAUCGGUGCUUCGCCCUAAUUUUCCACCUCCUCUUCAAUUAAUACCACCACCACUCCCUCCAAAUAUACCUCCGGAAUUUUUAAAAUCAUUUCUUGUACCUGAUUCUUCAUCAUCAUUAUUUCCGGGUCCCAAAGUUAACGUUACUCUAAACUCAUCAUUUUUACCUUCCAAUCCAAACUUACAAUCCACACAACCGUUGUAUUCCCCUAUGAGAGUUAAUCACCCUAAUCGAUCAGAUAAAACUAAUUAUACUGGUAUUCUACACCGUCCAGUUCAUGGGGAUAAGCUUUAUGGACGUUGGGCUGACGCACACAUUCGUAUCGCUCUGUUUAUCCAACAUUGUAAAUCAUCUACUCAAGGAUUACAAUCAUCUCCGGUUAUAUCCUCAAUAUUUUCAACAUCUAGAUUACCAAUUCGUCCUAUGGUUAAACGUUUGAGCCUAGGUGUACAUUCCUCUAUGCCUUCUUCCAUGACUAGUGGAGCUGUAAAUUAUAAUUCAAGUAAAAUAAAUAUUGAGUCAGUGAAUAACAAUCGAUCAACUCAGCCACCGCCACUAAGACCUCCUUCUCUUCUUCCUUCACAACUUCAUAAUCCCAUUAAUUCAGUGAACAGUAAUAAUAAUAAUAAUAAUAAUAAUAAUAAUAAUAAUAAUAAUAAUAAUAAUAGCGGUCCUUCAAUUCCUAGUAGUAUAACCUCUGAUAUAUCAUUUUGGGGACAUUUAUUUAAUGAAUUUAUGAAUAAUCUAUCAAAGGAAUUUCUAAAUAGUAUACCAGACUGUAAAGAUACUCAACUAGCAACAUUACAAAACUUUUAUUCUCAAAUGUCACAAAUGAAUAAUUCUGUAUUAAAUGGAGGUUCUUUCCCGAAAUCAACAGAUUUUUCUUUUCUCAAUUCAACAGUAUCAUCAUCAUCUAUGGCUAACAAUAGUAAUAAUAACAAUUGUUCACCAGUUCCAUCAGCGUCAAAUAUUGCCGGCUUCAACUUUCCAUUAAUUACUCAAUCUUUCAAUUCCCUUUCUUCUUCCUCCUGUUCUUCUUCUUCUUCUGCUACUACUACUACUACGAGUGUUCGACCAACUGUUCUUCCUUCAUCUCCUGCUCUUAUGAAUUUUUCAUCGUCAACAAAUGUUUUUAAUAAUAACGAUUUAAAACGAAGACGAACUGAUUCUUCUUCAAGUAGCAUGGAUAUUAAUAAUUUGCCAUUUCCAAUGCGUUUUCCUAAUUCCUUUCCUCGACCACCGACUAUUCAUAAUUUUGUGCCUCAUCAGCAUUCUUCCCUUCAUUCUGGAUCAUCAAUACCACCACCUCCAGCACAUUCCGAUAUGAUAAAUGUAGCCGCCGCUGCUAGUUUAUUAAAUGGAUUUCGAUUGCCUGAAACCUUUUUAAAUCAUUUCCCACAUCCUAUACAGUUAUCAUCGGUGUCAAGUGGUUCUUCUUUGAAUGAUAGAAAAAACGCCAGGUCAUCCAAUACUACUACCGGUACUAUUACGACUUCCAGUAAUUCAUCACAUUUAAUUCCGAUCAAUCCUUGGUGAUUUUAAUCACAUUGUUUGUCUAUUUUUCUCCCGAUCAAUAGUUUAUAACUUGUUUCAAAAUGGUGAUUUUAUUGUUAUUAGCUAAUUCAAUCCUAGUGAAGAGAAGAUAGGUAUGUGAUUACGAUGAUGUUGAUAGUGUAUGUGUAUGAGUGUGGGGGAGGUAGGUGCAAACAAAAAAGGAUCAGUUUUCAUUUCAAUUCUUCCUUUCAUUUAAUUGUGUUCUUUUACUUUUCCUUUGUUUAUUUAUUCAAACAUGCAGAGAUUUACUUUCGCUAUUAUAUAUAUAUAUAUAGCAUAUCUCAGCAGUACAAUGUUCGGUUACAUUUUCUGUGUACUUCUUUAUAAUUAUUAUUCAUUAUUCUUUGUGUGGUUUGCUUCCUACACUAUAUUCAUAUCCUUAUCAGAUAAUACACCUAUCGUCAUCAGCAUCAUGAAUAGCCAAUCACGAUAAAGGUGCAUGUAGCAUUGUUGUUGGAUAAUCUCAGCUAUUUUUCUUUUAAUUUCAAAAACAGAAACAUCACCUCCUCUAACAUGUACACAAACUAUGUAGAAUGGAGUUAAAUAUUUUUUCUCCGGUAGAUUUCAUUUCAGAAUCAUGUAUAUUAAUCAUUAUUAAAAUUUGACAAAAUGAAGUUUCAGUACACCAUAAUACAUAUAAAUAAAUACAAAAGUCAUAAUAAUGUCUUCUUGUCUAUUCUUUUCACUUGCGUUCUUUUUUUCGCCUUUUUUGUCUAUUGACGAUUAUGUUUUGUUGUAUAUUAAUGUGAAACAUAAUGAAUGAGCUAUAGGGAAUGUGUGAGUGUAUGAGAGAGAAUUUUAUAUCAACGAAAUCACUAUAUAUCUCUUUUUUUUUUGUAUACCUCCCUUUCUUCUUGUCCUUACUUUCAUACUUCUGACCUUCAAAUGACACUACUACUAUUAGUACUUAGUUACAUUAGUUAAAUAGAUAAAUAGACAGAUAAUCAGUCGACUAUUACUACUAUCAUCACCAUUAUUAUAUUGUAUUAUAUUAUAAUACCUUUUAUAUUAUACUCAUCUUUUAUUUUACACAUUGCUUUGUAGACAGUUACAUUUGUCAUAAUGUCCCCAUUCACUUCUCUUCAUCCAUGUUUUUUUCUUCUAUAAGUCUUUAUACCCUGAGUGCUUCUGUUAUAGCUUGUUCUUUUACCCGAAGAAGAAUGUAUCCUUUAGGCGUCAUAAUGAUAAUUGAAUUUAAUUAUUUUUAUUAUUUCAUUUUUUGUGUUAUAUUAGCUGAAUCAUAUAGUUAAUUGUGGUUAAUAUAAAUUAACAUUCAAUUUUUCAUUAGUUUAACAACAAUAAUAAAUACUUUCCUACUAACUAUUGUCAUUUAUUAAUUAAAUUGCCUCUUUAAAAAUAUUGUUAAUAUACUUUGAGAUUAGUAUUGUCAAUUUCAUUGUGUUAUAUUCUCAUCCCCAGUUAUGAUUAAUUACAUAAAUGGAUAAUAAUGCAAAACAAGCAAGGACUAUUGAAUACGUACAAAUAUACUGAAAAUAUUGUAAAUUUAAUGGCUGUUCAAUUGUUCAUUAUUAUUAUUAUUAUUAUUAGCAUUAUUUUCAUUUUGUUUUAAUCUUUCAUAAUGAUCAGUUUGACAACGAUGAUUACUAGCUCUAACAUAGAGUUUACGUUAUUUUACACAAUGGAAAUAAUGUUUUGGUUAUGGUAGUAGUAGUAAUAGUAAUAGUGGUAAAUUGGUUAAUCUGAUCCUUUUUUUCAGUUUGUCUCUAUGUUCAUUAUUAUUAUUUCACUGGUUCCAUCUUCUUUCUUUCCAUUUUCCAUCCAAACUGCAUCUUUACCCUGUGUAUCUUGUGCUUCAUAGUGAAGCAACAAAAAAAACAACAACUCAAAAACGUUGUAAGUAAACCACCAAAUCCAAAGUUUUCCCUGUUUUUUUUUCGCUGAUUAUUAUCGCUGUUGUGGUUAUUGUUUAUUAUUGCGUUCAGUUCUUUAUUUUUCCAAAAUCAAAAUCCUGUUUUUUUUCGUAUGUCAUUUUGUUUUCUAUACAUGUGCAUUCAUGGGAUACUGGUAACGGGAAUGAUAGUACGUAGUGUUCUAUGCGUGUGUGUGUGUG